UGCGCUGUCUUACCAAAGCUAAUGCUUUCAGAUAGUCAUAGGCUCUUUCACCCUUUUCAGAGCACUUUAAGAACAGCCUGGACUGCUUGCUGCCUCAGUUUCUCAUUGCCUUGGUGAAACAGGGACCUGGGAUGAGAGAGAGCUGCAACAAUCCAGAGAAGAUAAAGGAAAUGCUGUGUCUUUGAACCAGACAGAAAUGUUCUGCGAAGGAAAGAAUGGGAGAGGAGAAAUCAGGAGGCACAGCAGGAAGAUGGCUCAUUUAAUACCAGUUACUCCCUCUUCAGUGAACCGUACAAGACUAACAAGGGAGAUGAGCUCUCAAAUCGUAUCCAGAAUACACUAGGUAACUAUGAUGAAAUGAAGGACUUAUUGACAGAUCGAUCCAACCAGAGUCAUCUUGUUGGAGUUCCAAAACCUGGGAUUUCUCAGGCACCUGUGAACAAAACUGAUGAACAUUUUAUUGCAGAUGGAAGACCACAGCCUACUCCUUCCAUUUGCAGCUCUUCAUCUUCCAUUCCAACAGCGCUGUCUGGUCAGCAAAGCAAGAGCCCCAAAAUGGGUUGGCAGAAAGCUGGGCAAAAUGUUUCUGAUGGCCAGCAGAGGGCAAGCAAGCAUGGGCACAGAUUGCUUGAGUCACACAACAGUGAUUUCAAAAUGGCUAACCAAAAAACCAGCCUGGAAAAGCUUAAACAUUUUGUAUCGAGUCCCACAUCAUCAUCUGCCAGUGCGGCACCACAAGGUAGUUUAAGAUCUGUGCUUGGAGACAGUGCUAGUAGAGCACAACAGCAGUCAAAACUAAAUAACAAUGCAGAAAUAGGGUCUCAGGCUCAAGAAAGGUCAGCAAAACACAGCACUGGGCACUGUGUUCAGAACUUCCCUCCUUCACUUGCUUCAAAGCCUAAUAUAGUUCAGCAGAAACCAACAGCUUAUGUAAGACCAAUGGACGGUCAAGAUCAGGCUCCUGAUGAGUCUCCAAAACUAAAGUUAUUGUCAGAAAGUAACAAGCACUGCUCGUCAUAUAGGGGAGUACCUUCUAAUAAGUCUGAUUCAGAUAUGACCAAGAUGGAAAAAUGUAACAUUCCCAAGCAAGAAGAGGAUAGCGGGACAGGAGAUAACAGCUGUAUUGAAGAAAUUUUGCGGGAGAUGACCCAUUCCUGGCCUCCACCACUCUCAGCUAUUCACACACCUGGAAAAGUGGAACAGGGAAAGUUUCCAUUUCUGAACAAGGAGUCGCAGCAGGUAUCUACAGGACACAGCACUCCAAGGAAAGACGAUACUGAGCAAAAGAAUACAGAAAACAGUGCAUCACAUACAUCAAUGCUAGAAGAUGACCUCAAAUUAAGUAGCGAUGAAGAAGAGAAUGACCAGCAGGCAGCACAGAGAUCUGCUCUCCGCAUUCUGUCUGACAGCGUUGUCGUGCCGCAACCCAGUAGCAGAACCUCAGGACUCUCCAGCAAGAGGUCAAGUAGCAGCAGCUCCAGUGAAUCCGAGAGCAGUUCAGAAUCUGACUCAGAGAGUGAAAGCAGUUCCAGUGAGAGUGACGGCAGCAAACCCUCUCAUUACUCCAGCCCAGAGCCUGAGCAGCCAUCAUCAAACAAGUGGCAACUGGAUAAGUGGCUAAAUAAAGUUAAUCCUCACAAAACACCUAUUCUUAACCAAAAUGAUAACCAUGGACUGGAGAGCAAUCAGUAUUAUAGCAGGAUAAAGGAUAAAGGACAGGAGUGUGAGAAAAUACCAGCUAUUUGCCAAACUGACCUUAGAGACAAGGAAAUUAAGAACCCCAGCAAAGAGGAGCUGAGGCUUAGAACUGCUAGUAAAGCACCAGGAAAUAAAGGAGGGAAACAGAAAUCACCUUCUACCACUGGGGCUGUUUCUGGAGACAGUGGCCCUCUGAAAAGGACGACUUGUAAAAAGCAGCCAAGAAGAACAGAGAGGACCUCUGGUGGGGAUGCCUUGAACUGCCAUGCAUCUGAGGAUCUCGCCUUGAGCCAAAUAUUUUUGGAAAAUAACAUCUGUGAACAACCUAAAGCCAGGCCCUACAGCAGCAGAACUGGGCACAGAAAGGAAUCCCGCUCUGCCGCUGCAUGCGAAAAGAGACGCACCAGAGGACCAAGCAAAACUGCACCCAAAUCCAAGGAAUUUAUUGAGACAGAGUCAUCGUCUUCAUCAUCAUCUUCAGAUUCAGAAUCUGAACAAGAGGAAUAUCCUGUGCACAAACCUCAAACUGUGGCCUUUGCUUCAGGGGGAAACGACCAGAGGUUGAAGGACUCCGUGAUCAGUAACACCAACAAAACUAACAGCAGCUGCAGUGCCUUUGGCUCCAUUAAUGCCAGGACUAGUAAUGAUAUAGCAAAGGAGCUGGAGGAACAGUUUUACACGCUGGUUCCUUUUGGCAGGAAUGAGCUCCUGUCUCCUCUGAAAGACAAUGAUGAGGUAAAAUCACUGUGGGUCAAAAUUGAUUUGACUCUUUUGUCCAGAAUUCCAGAGCAUUUACCUGAGGAGCCAUUGGCAAUGAGCACUGGAGCAAAAGAAGAAGCUAGCCUUCAGCAGAGUAAUAGUACAGACCCACCAGCAGAAAAGGUUGUGCCAAAAUCCAGAAGGAAACGCAAGUGUGAAAAUGAAGAAGAGGAUAGGGAGAUCAAAAAGACUCAUUUAGAGCGAGAUUGUUCUUCACGAUUAAUUGCCUCUGCCCCAGGUACUUCAGCAGCAAAUCAUUGCAACAAGAAUGAACAUAGCUUGGCAAUACCAAUAAAUAAAAAUGAGAAAAUGCUUCAGUCGCCCAUCUCACCCCUCUCUGAUGCAUCAAAACACAAAUACUCCAACGAUGAUUUAACUUCUUCCUGUAGACCUAAUGGCAGCAGUCUAUUACCUUCCAUGUCCUCCAGCAAAAAACAUAAGAGUGAAAUCCAACCACAGCCACAUCCUUCAGACUUCAAUAAAACGGUUACCAUAAAUUCAGAAAAUGUUCUCUGCAACAAGCCACACUCCCAAACAGAGACUUGGCCAUCUUUAUCCUGUGCACACAAAGACUGCAGAAAAACAAAGCUCAUUGUCGAUGAUAUGAUCCUAGGCUGGGCAGAUGGAGCAGUGGAUGAAGCAAAGUGCACCAUCCUUAGACCACGCAAUGCAGAUCAGUUUAUGCAAGAAGCUAAGCGGAAGAAGCAUAAAGCAGAUGCGAUGGUGGAGAAAUUUGGAAAGGCACUGAAUUAUGCUGAAGCAGCAUUAUCAUUUAUUGAAUGUGGAAAUGCCAUGGAACAAGGCCCGAUGGAAUCUAAAUCCCCUUAUAUGAUGUAUUCAGAAACAGUUGAACUUAUCAGGUAUGCUGUGAGAUUAAAAACCCACUCAGGCCCUAAUGCCACUCCGGAGGACAAACAGCUAGCAGCAUUAUGUUAUCGCUGUUUGGCACUUCUAUACUGGAGAAUGUUCCGACUCAAGAGAGACCAUGCUGUAAAAUAUUCAAAAGCACUUAUUGAUUAUUUCAAGAAUUCAUCAAAAGCUGCCCAGGCCCCAUCUCCGUGGGGUGCCAGUGGAAAGAGCACAGGAACUCCAUCCCCCAUGUCUCCUAGUCCUUCUCCUGUCAGCUCUGUAGGGUCCCAGGGGAGCACUGGGGCCCCUUCUCCCUCUUCCACCAUCAGCAUUCCACAGCGUAUUCAUCAGAUGGCAGCCAAUCACGUCAGUAUUACCAACAGCAUCCUGCACAGUUACGAUUACUGGGAAAUGGCUGACAAUCUAGCCAAGGAAAACAGAGAAUUUUUUAAUGACUUGGAUGCAUUGAUGGGACCUGUCACCCUACACAGCAGUAUGGAACAUUUAGUUCAGUACACUCAGCAAGGACUUCACUGGGUACGGAAUAGCGCUCAUGCAAAAGACUGUGUGCCAUUCAAAUGAACUAUAUAAUCUCCCAUGGACAAUUCAGUUAUUCUGGACACUGUGCUACAGAAAUAAUCCACCAUAGCAUUGACCCAAACAAAGGUGAAUAUUUCCUCAAUGUUGAACAAUGUUUUUUCAGAGUGUGGGCAUAUAUGUGUGUAUACAGCUAUAUCUCUUCAAAAUGCAUUGUUCCAUAGCAAUCUCCAAACAUCCUCGUACCCUGGACUGAACUGACCACAGAUGUCUUAAUAAACAUACAUAUUUCCUAUACCCGUGCUUAGAAAAAACUCAGAAACCAAAAUCUUAGGGGUUAAUUGAACCAAGUGCAAUAAACACAAUGGCUCCUAAUCAGGAACGCACUUAAGUGUGUGUUUAACUGUAAUCAUGUGCUUAAAAGCAAUUACUUCAGUAAAAUUUAAGCAUGCACUUAGGUGCUUUCCUGAACUGAGGACAAUGAGAGGCUGAUGGGCCGUUUGGCAGCUCCAUAGAACUUUCAGUGCGAGUGCACCCCCUCUCUCCUAAUUCCUAAUUGGGGUGUAUGGAUGAAUUGUGUAGUCUGAAAAAAUGUGGAGCGAGAACGCAUUAACUUUUGUGCAAUAAGUUUCAAUAGCUUGCAUUGUUGUUGUUUUUAAUUUCUCAUUCUUUUAAAUCGCCUUACUUCCUGUUCAGCUUCUUUUAAUCAACAUUAUUAUCAAGGAAACAGCCUGAAAAAUGGAAGUAUUGGUAACAAGAAACUAGAAGAGAGUCUGGAAAAUUGGACUGUCAUUACAGGAAAGAAGUUAAAACAAAAAUACUGCAACCCAGUUAGCAAAGUCCAUUUAUUGCAUAUACACACACAUCUGUAACAUUUAUUUGCUUUGUGCACUGAGGCUUCACCUUACUGGCUCUGGCUUUGAUAUCUCUUCCAUCUUAAAGUAGCUUGUUUGCAGUUUCUUGUAGGCUGUAUCAUGCCAUUACAUGAAAUUCCCUUUAUCUUGGAAAGCUGGGUUUGCUGCUCACCAGACUAAGCACUGUGUCCUAUCAUAAUCCUCUCACUCUUCAUGCAUAAUCCUCAACUAGGCUUUAAUGUUUCUUGAUUUAUGGGGUGUUUUCAGACCCUGUUGACAGGCUGUGUCUUUUGUGCCAAGGGAAUUAAUUCUGAAGUAAUUGCAGUUUAAUUUGGAUCCGCUGAGGUCAUGGCCAGUUCAUAACUAAUGUGUUGUGCAUUUUUAUUCUUGGUUAAUUUCAUUUUCACUCAUCUGGAAACAUUUGAUUGUUUUUAUCUGAAAUGUAAUUUUAUUGGUUAUUUUGCACCCAGCUCUAUUGCUGUUACUCAUGCAUGUAGCUACAAAACCUUCCAUUGGAUCACACAAAUAAGAGCCAAUAAAUGUCUGUCUUCACUGCUACAUUCUAUUCAGAUGUAUCUCAACAUUAAUACGAUGCUGGUGCAAAAAAAUCACCAAUAGCAGUUACAUAUCAAGAAAGAAAAAUAGCCACUUUUGUAGUUGCCUUAUAUACUGUAAUAUCCAUCUCUGAUGCAUUGUAUUUAAAACUGUAUAUUGGAUAAUUUUGCCAUAGGCAGAUUAAGGUUUGCUGGGGCAUUGGCCCUUCCUACCCUUUCUACCUGUGGUCCUGCCCCCAUUCUGCCCCCUCCACAUGUGACCAGCCCACAGCCCUACCUUUGUCUGCCUUUUCUCCAGGCCCUGCUCUUGCUUCAGCCCCGGUCCACACCAUUUCACUGCAGCCCCAGGACUGGAGAAGCUCUGCCCCCACACCACAGACCCAGACCACAGAGAGAGUGAGAGCUUUCCCAGUCCUGAGGUGCAGCAGGUAGCAAGAGUUCCUCCAGUACCAGAACCACAGACAGGCUUCCACUGCCAGCCUCUGGCUUCUGUUGGGAAAGGGUCAGAGGGUGCUAGGAGUGUCCCCUGGCUCCUGCCAGGGAUGGGGCCAGGAGGCGCUGGAGGCUUCCUCUGUGGUCAACCAGCUUCUGCCGGGAUUGGGAAGCACUGAGGGCUUCCUUCACUGCCAAGCCUGCCUUGCCUGCCUGGCACUGCCGCUGGAAUGAGGGGCAUGGGGUUGCAGGCAUGGGGUUUCCCCACUGCUGCGCCCUGCGCUGCUGCCAGAGAACAGGGUCAGGGAUACCAGAGGGCUUCCCCUGCUGCUGCCCUGCCCAGCGCUGCUACCUAGGAGUGGUCAGGGUACGGGGGCUUUCUCCACCUGCCCAGGGCUUCACAGCCCCCAUAGUUAGCCAGGGCCCCUGAGCAUUCACCCGAUAGGCCCAGUGGUAAAUCUGCUGUUGGAUUUAGCUUGUUACCCAUUGUCUUACCAUACAUCUUUUAAUGUGGUAUGUCGACACUACCACUACAGAUGUAAUGUCCUGUUAGUAGUUACGCAUGCACUACCUUUGAUCAAGCUAACACAUCAAACGUAGCAGAGGAGCAAUCCCAACUGAGAACCCCAGUAAUACUCUGGCAGCUAGCCCACUCUGCCAUGGCUACUGCUAUCUUUGGUGUACAAGCUCCAUCAAAGCAAGUGAAUACAUCUAUCUGAGCUGGGAAUUAUACAUCCAGCUGCAGUGCAGACACACCCCAUGUCAUGUCCAGAUUUCACUUUGCUUGUUGCCUGUUGGAAAAGAAAUAAUGCCAUGUUGCCUGUUGGAAAAGAAAUAAUGCCAAUAGUUCAGUUACAGUUGUUGGAAUAUAACUUAAUCAGUGCUUCUCUGAUUAUUACCUGCCUGAUGUCUGCUUGUGAGAGUCUGCUGGUGAUUUCCUAGAUGAAGAAGUGAUUUAAAUUAUCUUAACACUGUGAGUAAUUUGGUUCUAUUCAGAUACCUGUGUGAGAAUUUCUGUCCAAGCAGACAAGUUAGAUUUGCCUCUGCUUUCUUUGGUGGUUGCUUUAACAUUUGUCGUGUGUGUGUGUGUGUGUGUGUGUUUGGGAAUUAUCAUCUCUAAUUUAUGCUGGUUAAAUUUAGAAACUUAUAUUUCUUGCCUUACGCAGAUUUUAAUGUGGCAUUGGCAUUUCAUGUAAGGAACUUUGAAUCAUAACCCUUCCGCUAUGACUGGGGAUAAUUUUUUGGAAUUUCUUUGGCCACAAUAUAUAUGGCAAUUUUACAGAAAUUCAGGAAAAGUUAAUGUCCUGUCAUUGUAACAUGUUUCCUGACUCCUAAGGGUUUCUUGGAUAUUUGUGCCCUGUCUUGUAAAGACGCGUUUAUGCUGAAUCCUUCCAGCUAAAAUACACAUCAAAGGCCAUGGAAAUGGUACAUUGAUUGUAGUUUUUGUGCUGGAAUUACUUAUGCUGAGCUCAUGUAAACAGAAGAAACUCCAUUGAAAUCAACAGAGCAGGACCCAUGUAGCCCAACAGAGAACUAGACUUCUGUCCACAAUGCUCCUUACAGCUGGUCAGUUUGAUGUCUUAGAGCAUGCUCUUCAGCCACAGACAUGUGUUUCAUUUGUACAGUCUGCUUUUUGUCAUGAUUGCUGCUCUUUAAAUAAUUACAGAUUCAUGUAGUAUGAAUGACAUCCAAAGACACUUCAUUUCAUUCAAUUGGGGCCUGAUCCUGAUCAGUGCUGUGGGGCCUCAGGAUCUGAUCCAGCAAAGUCCUUAGUACAAGCAACACUUUAAGUACAUUAGUCGUCCCAUUGAUUUCAGUGUGAGCUGAGGCUUCUGAGCACGUUGCGAGAUCAGGCCCUCAGAGACCGCCCUUAUUUUGCUAGCCACUUGCAAAGUCAUGCCUUGUUUGUUUUAACUCAUUGUUUCAAGUCCAUGCACGUGAUAAAGGUUCUCUUCUCUUGUAUUAGAGAUAUCAUUUCUAUAUUUCAGAGGUGAAGAUGUCAGAUGGUACAAACCCCACUCAAAAGUGAGAUUAUGCCUGGAGAGAGAGGUUUGGUAAAAAUCAGAAAUUUCUGAAUGUGACAGAUAGCUACUCUGCCAGCUGAAGAGCACAAAUCCACUGAAAUAGUAUCCAGUAAAAUGUGUGCCACAGUUGGACACAACAAUGGCAGUACAAUAAGGUUGUUUUUGCAUUCAAAAUGCCCUGAGGCGCUCUGAGAUAUUCACACUUAGGCCCUGGUCCUGUAAGAUACACACCAGGGAGUGCAAGGAUGAGCGGAAGAUAUGCAUAGGUUCAGAUAUGGCUGAACACCGAGCAUAGUCAUCCAUCUUAUGUGGCGAUAAAUCCCAAGCCCGUUCCAUAGUCCCCUCUUAAUUCUAAAUAUCACAGGGUUUAACAUGAAGGGGCAUAGGCAGAUGUUGGGCAUAUCUGAGGAGACAUGGUAUUCCCUGUAUGCACAGUUCCUCUCAGAUAUUUAGUCCCCUAACUCCCAUUUAUUUCCAUGGGAAUUAAGUACCUUGGAGGAUCUGGACCGUAUCCCUCAGGAUGCAAAAUUACUGCUUAUCUGGGCUUUCCUUUUGCUACUAGAAGUAACUUGGCACCCUGGGAAGCAGUAGUCACAUUAAUGCAGAAUCAGAUUCCCUGCUCUCCCAGUACAGCUCAUUGCUUUUCACCUGUCACUUAUACAUGCAGAACACUUCAUCUGUCCUGUACAGAAUCAAGCCCUCGGUGUCAAUAUGCACCCAUCCCUGUACACUUUAUAUCAAAAUUAUGAAAAAGCCCUAUCAGUACAAAGGAUAUUACUAGUGUCUCCCAUUGAUCGAGUACAUGUCACUGAAUGGCUGUAUCACCUCAGAAGAGCAGUAAUUGUUAUCAAGAUAAUGUGUGCAGCUAAUUGAUUUGUAAGACUCUCACCUUGGCAAUGGUGCAGUAGUAUCUCUUUCGUAAUACCAAUGUUCACCCAUUUUUCAUGGCUGUGAUAUAAAUCUGCAUCACUAAAAUGCCAGGAUAUUUUUUAAGACGACAUUCUCUUAGAUCUGGCUAAUCUGUGCUUAGUUUAUCUACUCAAGAGACUUUACUAGUCACCAGCCUUAAUGCAUAUACAGUAUUGAGUGACUGAGUCACAGUGUUUAAUCCUAAUGAAACUGGAAUUUGCAAAUUGACUUGGAUUAACUGUGUCUGCUACUGCUAGGUUAUAGAUGUGACAUUAAAUGAUUAUGGUUUUAAACAAAAGAGGUUGAAUUUUAUGUAAAGAACAGUGACUGGAUUCCUUAAUCUUUUUAGAAGAUUUUUUAAAUAACAUGUUGUCAAAGUAAUAUGUUUUUUAACUUUCCUAGAAUUUCGGAAGGGUUGCUGGUUCAUGGUCAUAGCUGUGUUAAUGACAUUUCCCUUCUACACUCUGUCUAGCCUUUACAUAAUCUGCUUAAUACUUAAUAUGUCAAAAAAGAAAUGUUUCUUUUUCAGAAUGAUUGCCAGCACUCUCCUCCCCCAGUUCAGUUGAAAGCCCUCAGACUAAAGAAUAAAAUCUCCUUGCACAUGCUGACCCCAUACAAAUAACAAUGAUGGAAUGAAUUUCUUACACGGAAGACAGAAGUAUGGCUGGCACAGAUGAAAAAUGUCUUUCCUUUUGAUAAAUUUUUUGUUAUGCAAUGAAUUCAAACUCUUUCCUUACUUAUAUGGAGAGAAUUAUCUGACCUGCAUCAUCUCAGCAAAAACCAAAAUCAUGGCAGUGAGUCUCAGAAUCCACAUCAAGUGACUCAGCUUCAUGGAGUGAACGUUAUGGGCAGUGGUGCAGACAUCUGGAGCCGGGGCUCUGGGAACUUCCUCCUUAACAUGUGGGGGAGGAGGCCUGCUGUGUAGAUGUACCCAGUGAAGUCUAGGGCAAAAUUUCCUUCAACAGAGCCAAGAUUUCACACUAUUUAUCAGUUAACGUGUUAUAAGCUGUUUACAAGAUCAUUGGGAAAAUCUUCCCAUACGCCUGGAUAAUCCACCCGAGAUCUGAAAUUCCCCACAGUUUUUACCCAUGAUUCUCUCAAGAAAGCAUUGUUUGUCACACAAGCUAUGUCUACACAACAGAGCUUUUUUGGAAAAUGGUUUUUUUUCCGAAAAAUCUUCACUUAC